CAGCGCAUUGCUGAUUGUGUUAUCCUUGAUAGGUCUUGUCACGCACACUCCACUUCGUGCCUAGUUCUCCUAAGAAGUGCAUCAGUUUGAUUUGUAUUCGUCGUGUCGUGUGAUAUAUAAAAGUGGGGUUUCUGAAAAAAAAACGCAGCCCCCAAAACAAACGAUACCAUCCGAUGGGCGCUCCAGCAACGAGUCGAGACAAUACACUGAAAGCGAUCGCAGAGGUUGAGAGUGACAAAAAGUGCUGCGCUUACGCAAUAGCAGACGAAUCAUCACGGUUUGUGUGUUAUCGUGAUUUGUGAAUUGAUUAAACCGACGCGCGGUCAGCUAGCUUGACAUCGUAAAAUCAACUGUGGGGAAGGGGAAGACGAAAGAAGCGGGCUGCAGCGCGCUCAUCACGACGACUAAUUUUGUUCUGCUGUUAGUCUUCAUCAAUCCAGCGUCAAGAUGAGUAUGAGCUCGUACACGGAAAGCAGCUCCGAGGAGGACGAUUUGUCGCCGAGGGAUAAGGUGCAGCAAAACUCGAAAGCAUUCUCGGACUUUUGCGUGCGAAACAUCAAACAGCAUUCGUUUGGUCGACAUGAGAUUGAGAUUGCGGAACAGGAAAUGCCCGGCAUUAUGGCUCUCCGCAAGCAGGCUCUCGAGGAUAAACCGCUGAAGGGUUCCAACAUUGUGGGAUGUACACACAUCAAUGCGCAAACAGCUGUCCUGAUCGAGACUCUGAUAUGUCUGGGGGCCAACGUUAGAUGGGCAGCUUGUAACAUCUACUCCACACAGAAUGAGGUUGCCGCUGCGCUGGCGGAAAGUGGUGUACCCAUAUUUGCCUGGCGCGGGGAGAUCGAAGAGGACUUUUGGUGGUGUAUCGAUAAAUGUGUACACGCCGAGAACUGGCAACCGAACAUGAUUCUGGACGACGGAGGUGACGCAACCCAUUUGAUGCUGAAGAAAUACCCGGUCAUGUUCAAAAUGAUCAAAGGCAUCGUGGAUGAGAGCGUCACCGGUGUGCACAGACUGUACCAGCUGUCCAAGACGGGAAAACUGACGGUUCCAGCGAUGAACGUGAAGGACGCAAUCACCAAAACAAAGUUCGAUAGUUUAUAUAGCUGCAAAGAGUCGGUUAUUGACAGCUUGAAACGUGCGACCGAUAUCAUGAUCGGGGGCAAACAGGUUGUCCUCUGCGGGUACGGUGAGGUGGGCAAAGGUUGUGCCCAAGCUCUAAAAGGACUUGGCUGCAUUGUGUACGUGACGGAAAUUGAUCCGAUCUGUGCCCUCCAAGCUUGCAUGGAUGGUUUCCGUGUGGUCAAGCUGAACGAGGUGAUAAGGAACGUUGACGUCGUAAUCACGUGCACCGGCAAUAAGAACGUGGUGACCCGUGAGCACAUGGACAAGAUGAAAAAUGGUUGCAUCGUGUGCAACAUGGGCCAUUCCAACACGGAAAUCGACGUCAACAGUCUUCGUACUUCGGAACUGCAGUGGGAGAAGAUGCGUUCCCAAGUUGAUCACAUCAUUUGGCCUGGCCCAGACGGGAAACGAAUCAUUCUGCUGGCCGAGGGACGGCUGGUGAAUCUGUCUUGCUCAAGUGUGUCCUCGUUUGUUGCCUCGAUAACGGCGGCUACUCAGGCCUUGGCACUAAUCGAACUGUUCAAUGCCCCACCCGGACGUUACAAGGCUGACGUCUAUCUGCUGCCGAAGAAGAUGGAUGAAUACGUUGCAAGCUUGCACCUGCCCACGCUGGAUGCACAUUUGACGGAAUUGACCGACGAGCAGGCUCGUUACAUGGGACUCAACAAGGCAGGCCCAUUCAAACCAAAUUACUACAGGUAUUAGUAUUUUCAAGUAGCUACAUGCAUUUUACGGAGAAAAGUAGACACGAAGCUGUCCGGAAGUAUUUAUAGAAAGAUCGUUCGUUUUUUUUUCUUUGAACCAUUACUAAUGUGCUGCGAUUUGAGCAGCUCGAUUCAAACAAACGGCAUAUAGUACUUUAGGGAAAUUCCGAUAGGUGUAGGAAAAAAGGCAAAAGAUAUAUGAUUCAGACGAAACUCUCGCUUCCAUUAUAAGGUGUAAAAGUUCGUACACUGUUAAACAUUGCAAGACAAGAUGAUAAUAACAAGGAAACAAACCCCAAGCGAAAUACUUUCCAGCCGCCGGCCGCCAGUCGAUUCUAAUUUGAUAAGUCAAUUCAAGCGAUGAGUUGGCAUUGAUUGCCAGUCGAGAUUUCGCACUUUCAAUUUCGGUUUGAUUAGCAAACAGGUAGGACACAGUAAGGGAAAACCAACAGUAUAUGAUAUCUCCACUUUUAAUAUUGAACUAUGAAACUAUAAGAUAGCAGCAGUAAUUUUUAUUUUUAUGUUUACCUGUCUGUAUUUUUCACCAGCAAACAGCGAAUUUUGCAUAUCGUUUAUGAUGCACUUGUUUCCAUUAUUUUAAAAUACUACCAUUGGCGCGAGAAGUAUUUUCUUUCGCUAGAAAGCGUGUAUAAAAUUCCCUGCGGAGCAAUAGAUGCGAUGUUAUAAAUGCAGCACGCGUUUUUAA